AAGCGCGGGUGGUGUCGGGGGAGGGUGACUUCAGUGGGUAGUGGUAUGAGGGGAAUGGAAUUCAGUGUACAGAGUGGUGUGUCUAUCGAAUAGUGAAAUUGUUUAGGUGCAGAAAAAUAAGUGCUUAUUGAUUAAUACCCGAGAUACCAAGCCAGAUCGACUUAUUGAAAUGAAAGUAGGCGUACAUUGUAGAUGUUCAUCAUGUUACCCGGCGCCAACAAAAAGGCGUGUGAAGAAGCGUAUUCCUGUAAAGACUCUGUUGACUCUCCCAGAAGAUGUACUUCUUUACAUUUUGCAGUGUCUUUCAGCUGAGGAUUUACCGUCUGUUCGGCUGGUACACUCACGUCUUCGAGAUCUCAUCGACAGUCACACAAGUGUUUGGGCAAGAGCCAGAUUUCAAGAUGUGUGGCCAUCACCAGAGAAUAUCUGGAUUUUUGAACGUGCUGCACACAGUGGAAAUUUUGGCGCAGCAGUUAAAUUAGGCAUUGCUUACCUUUACAAUGAAGGGCCAUCUGUAAGUGAUGAGGGACGUGCAGAGGUGUGUGGAGAAAAGGCUUCUCACUAUUUUAGCCUUGCUGAGAGCUUGCGGAUACCUCCUGAACCUUUCACCUGGCUGUUCAUAAGACCACCCUGGUCUCCAACUGGUAGCUGCUGCAAAGCUGUAGUGUUUGAAAGUAUGAAGCAAGAAAGCUUGGCUUGGCCUUCAAUGAAAGGAAUCCUUUUGCACUGUUUGGCCAGAGUGCUUCUGCUCUUUGAUGAUGAAGACAAGCGCAACAAAGCUCUUGCAAUGCUAGAGGAAUCCUCUAAACAUGGAUGUCUGCAAAGUUCUUUUCUGCUCUGGGACUCUACCCGCAAGAUGGCAAUAUCUGAUCCUGGACGAUACCUUCAGAGCCUUCGAACUCUCAGAGAUUAUGCUACCAAAGGCUGCUGGGAAGCACAGUUGGCACUUGCUAGAGCGUGUGUAAGCAGGAACCAGCUGGGUCUGGAACAGAAAGGCUGCAGUGACUUGGUGUCUCAAAUCUUUCAGUCAUCUGCUCUCAACAAGCCAUCCAAGCUGAAUGGGGUGAAUAACUUUAUGAGGUACAUUCUUGUGGAUUGGCUAGUAGAAGUUGCCACAAUGAAGGACUUCUCCAGUUUGACCCUCCACAUAACUGUGUCCUGUGUUGAUCGUUAUUUACUAGUCUCCUGUGUUGAUAAAACUAGGCUGCAAUUGCUAGGGAUUGCUUGCAUGGUUAUCUGUACACGAUAUACGAGUAAAGAGAUUCUUACCAUAAGAGAAGCAGUAUGGCUAACGGACAACACAUACAAGUAUGAAGAUUUGGUUAGAAUGAUGGGAGAAGUCAUCUCUGUUCUUGAAGGCAAAAUACGGAUGCCCACUAUUCUUGAUUAUGGUGAAGUGUUGUUGUCUCUGUGUUCUCUGGAAAAGAGAAGUGAAAACCUUUUCAAAUACAUCUGUGAGCUGUCGUUGCUCCACACAAACUUUUCGCUCUUUUCUCCUGCUCUUUUGGCAUCGGCAGCUUUUUUGCUUACUAGGAUAUUGCAUGGAUAUGCUCUCCCAUGGUCCUUCCAAUUAUCUGAAUUCACAGGGUUUUCUCUUCAGGAUUUGACCAUAUCUGUCCUCAGUCUUCAUAAGAAAUGCUUCCAUGAUGAAGUACCAAAGGACAAUAGAAGUAUGUCUUUGACUGGAGUUCAGCAGAGAUUUGAAGAUGAUUCUUACCAGCAGAUCAGUAAAGAAAAGGUGAUGGCCUUCAGUGAAUUGUGUGCAAUUUUAGAAGUGGAAGAAGAUAUCUUGUGCAAAUCUGAGCCUCCUCUCGCUAACACUAAAUCUGCUGGUGAUAUCCAUGCAUUCCUCACUUCUCCAUCCAGUAAAAACAAAAGGAGGAAAGAGGAACAUAUUCCUGAAGAUCGGGAUAAUCUUCUUGUCACACCAACAGCGGAACUUUCCGCACAAGAGGAGACUUUAUUGGGUGACUUCCUGGACUGGAGUUUAUCCUGUUCCUCUUCAGGAUAUGAAGGUGACCAGGAGAGUGAGACAGAGGAAGGGGACAUAACCAUUCCUGUUGGAAUGCUGGAUUUGGAAGCAACAUGUUCAAAUGAUCAUGUUUGUUGCAGUGUGUCGAGUGAAGAUGAGAGCUGCUUACCUGAACUAGGUGUUAACAAUGAAGGAGCAAAAGAGUGUAAAGGAAUCUUCAGGACUCGCAAGUCAUCCCUUCAAAAAACAAGGGAAAGCUUAGGAGACUUUAGCUCAGGGUACUCAUCUGUCAAUGCUACAAGCCCUAUUGGUCUUUCUGAAGUAUCAGGAACAAUAAGAAGAAAUUCAAAUUCCACUGUAUCUGUACUGGCACAAGUGCUGUCCAAGAAGAAUCACAGACAAGACGUACGCCGACAAAUAAAAAGGAAAAAUGGAGCUGAACACAGUGGGGAGGAAAUGGGUAUCAGUUUUUAGAGCCUGGCAUAAAACCAGCUUAAUUAUCUGAGAGUUAUAGCAGACUGUCCUGUUCUAACACCAAUCGGCAGUGUCCACAAUAAAUCCAAACUGAAUGGUUUUGUUUUGGGUGUACCACAAUGGAUGCUCCUGGAAAGCCAAACCCUGGAGGUGAAAAACUUUGAAUUCUUGGAUGCAACUGCUAUGCUUAUUACUCCUUGGAGUUUGGGACACAAUACCAAAACUGGUGAUCUAUUGACACCUCAGAAAACUGGCACAAUUAUUUAUGUUUACUUUUGCAGAUGAGUCAUUGUGCAAGCCAGGGUGUGAUGAAUUUUAAAUAGUAACAUUAAUUCCAUGACCUACUGUACAGCAGUAUAUGUGGAACUAUGAAUAGUUUACUUGAACAUUGUUUCUAACUGUGAUCUGCCAGUAUUGCACUCAUUUUCAUUCUCCCUUUCAAUGGUUGCACUUUUAGAUAAAAGGAGUUUGUGCCACUCUAUUCACAGUACUGUACUAUAAGAGAGGUGCCUUUUGUGUUUUUCUUCUGAGUUACAGAACUAAGGUUUAAAAGCUUUAUUCCACACCUCUGACAAUUUAUGUACCGUCUACGCCUUUAUGUGUAUAUCUGUGCCGGAAAACAGUUCAAUCUAGACCACUGCCAUGUUUGUUUUGGAUAACAUUUUGUCAUUUGAAUUUGUCAAAUCCUGAUCUUUGGUUUGCACCCCGGUCAGGAAAUUUUUCUGCUGUUGGUAACAAAUUUCUCAGAUUGACACUGACCAGAUGUUGUGUGUUUUUUACCAUAAUUAUACAACACAUUAACUCCCUACCAACCCUUAAAAGAAAUUCAAGUAACUGUAAUUAUUUUAAUUCUAUAAUGUCCUUAACUACCUGGUCUGAAUGAGCAUUACAUCUUGAUUUUUUUUUUUUAACAUUACGAAGAUUUACAAUUAUUUUGUAGAUUGAAGUAAUUGGUGCAAAAAAGAGAGAAUGAAGAAUUGAUAAUAGAAGGCAGCUAAAGAGGCUUUAUUAUUGUGCAGAUCUUAAAGUAUGUUAAAUUGAGACCUUUAUUUAUUGGCUCAUUCUGCCAGAUGCUGUAAAUUUGUUAAAUAUUUGAAUAAUUAUGACAGCUAUUUUCUAAUUGCAUAAAAUUUCUUAGUAAAUCAACCUGAAGCAGGGAAAUGUCUUGAAGGGGUGA